UACAACUCGAACAAAAUGUUGCCCAAGUUCUUCACCAGUUUGCUGAUGCUCUUAGAUCUGAAAAGGUGUUUUGUGACACCUGGGUUCAGGGCAGUCCACAGCUCCCAAAAUCAGCAGCCUCUGAAGAGGCUAAGUUUUUCCAUGGCAGACAGCAAGGAAAGAAGGAGCCUUGCAUAUCUUUUGGAUGGUGUGGAAAAGGCCCACAGAACUGAAGUUCAACUUUACACAUCAGGGCACUUAAACCUUGACAAGCUUUAUAAGCCCCAAAGGAAAUUAAAACAAGGCUACUGGGACAGUGCCAGGAAGACAACACAUGUUGUGACUAAAAAAAAUCUAUUGCCAGCGCAAAGUGAAACAGCCAGGAAGAUAAAACACACUUCAGCUGAAGUCUCCUCCAGCGCCACACUGGUUUCAGCAUGGUCCAAAUCUGCCUCUCCUACUUAUAGAUGCCCUCAGCCCCGCCUGGGCAGUGUCCCAGUAAAUACCUCAUUAGUUUCCAGUCCACUGGAAAUGCAUUCGAAAGAUAUCAAAAACAAAAUACAGGACGGAACUAACAGACUCCGUCUGCCACUUAAAAAAGAAGAGUUAGAUGUACCAGAGAUGAAGGUGCUGAAACACAGGCCAGUUAAGAACAGCCGACAAUGUUUUGCUGAAGUUGCCAAGGACAAAUACCAGUUUAUGCCUUCAUACCUGGCGGGUCUGACUAGAACCGAUCAGUUUAACAAGUUUCUAUGCUUCCAGAGGGAUAUUAUUGGAAAGCAUGAUCUGCUAGAGAAUGACUUCACCGGGAGCAAAGCGUCAGAGCAGCAUGAAAGGAAGUUGGCUAAGGAUCUCCAGCAAAUCUGUGAUUGCGAUUGGCCCCAUUUCAAAUACCUGAAAGUCUUCAGGGAUGUGUUUGAGGAUAUUUGCAACAGCUCUUUGAUAUUUGGUGAUAUUUUGAAGGAAGUUAAGAAUGUAUAUGAGCUGUACAUGGCAAUACUUCUGGACUCGCUGCCUGCAACACAAUACAAGACUUUGUUGGCUCAGGCAAGAGGUAUGGAAAAAAGAGCCACAAAGAGGCAAGAAAUAGAACAGACCAGGAGAGAUGUACAAUUUCUUAUGAAGAAAAGCAAAAGUGCUCUGGAGAGAAAUGAAGAACUCAGAAAUGAACUUGAAAUUGAACUGUGGGUGAGCCCAACUCCUGAGGAAAAGGCAGUUCCAGAAACCCAUGAUGACCCUGCAGUGAAAAUGCCUGUAAAGAAACAAGUCUCCCUGGCAGAGAAGGUUGAAUCUAUGAGGUGUCAAGUUCUCGCUAAGUGGGAGGAAAUACAAGCUUUAGAGAAAGAGAUUAAAGAAACCAUGACUCAUGCUGGGGUUGCAAACACCAUAGAGAAGACUGUUAAAGAGAUAGAGGCUGAAGCAAUGAGGCUCAUCUCAGCUAACAAGUUUCUCCAAACCCAAAUAAAAGAUGUUGAAUACAGCAUAACAGAUACCUUAAAUAGACAGAAGAUCUCCCAAGAAAGUCAACAAAAGAUGUGGGACACGCUGAAGACCUUCUUGUCACUUGAAGAUAGUGAAGCAAUUUCAGACAAAUCAGAAAAAUGAUGUGUAGGAAGAUAAAUUCUAGCUGCACUGAACAUACUUUUGACAUGCUGAGACCAUGCGAGAUGAAACCCAGUUUUGAAAAACUGAUGCUGUCUUAGAAUCAAGUAUUAUAAUGCAACUUUAAUAAGAUAAAUGUGUGUCAGUAUUUGCACAGAUUA